AAGUUUAUUGUUUUUGUAGAUAUCAAUAGCCGUGUAAAAAGGCAAUGGACCCGAGUUUCGCUGACCUACCAUCAAGCCUCAUAGAGACAAUAGUCUCACAUCUUGUCUUAAAAGAUAACAUACGAGCUUCCGCGGCUUGUAAGUCAUGGUAUGAAGCUGCUAGAACUGUUCGGGUAGUCGAUAAGCAUCCAUGGCUAAUGUGUUUUCCCAAACGUGGCAACUUGUUUGAACUCCGCGAUCCGUUACAGUGGAAACUGUACACUUUGGAUCUGCCAGAGUUAGCUGAAUCAACUGUGUGUUACUCAAAAGACGGCUGGUUACUUAUGCGUAAAGAUACAUCAAAAGAAGUGUUCUUUUUCAAUCCGUUUUCUCGGGAUCUCAUAAGUUUGCCAAAGUGUGAGCUUGCUUUUUCGCAGAUUGCGUUCUCUUGUCCUCCUACAUCAGAUAAUUGUGUGUUGCUAGCGAUAAAGUUUAUUCCGGCAGAUAAACUUGUCACUGUCAGCACUUGCCAUCCUGGAGCAACUGAGUGGAUUACUCAAGACUUCCCUACUUUUAUAAAACCGUUUUACAUGCUAAGCAACCUUGUCUAUCGCAGAGAUCGAUUCUAUUGCUUUAACGCAGAAGGAAUUUUGUAUAACUUUGAACCAUUUCACCGCACAUGGAACUACAUUUGUGCGGAUAAACUCAGAUGCCCGUAUAUCCAUAAAAUGCACUAUGUGUUGAAUGAGAUAGCAGUUGCCUUGGUAGAGAAGAAAGGAGAGCUCUUUGUUAUGUUUACAUGCAGCAACCAGAAGCCAAUGGUGUAUAAACUAUUCUCUUUGGAGUGGAAGGAGAUGACUAGGACAACACUUGAUGGCUUGACAAUCUUUGUCAGUUUUUAUAACUCUGAGUUGAGAAUUAAUCUCCCAUGGAUGAGGAACAAUGUCUAUUUCUCGAGGUUUGGUUACAAUCGCAAACAUUGUGUAUCCUACUCGUUUGAUGAAAGCAGGUACAAUCCGCGUAAGGAAUGGGAUAAAUGGGUAGAACUCUGUCCUCCUCAAAGCCUAUGGAUCGAUACGCCGAAGAACUUCUUUUGAAACGUUUUCAUAACAAGUCAUGUACAAUUGUGUUUUUGUUUACCAUAACCGGUUGCGGCUUUCGUAAAAGUCUUUUUCUUGUUAAGUUGACAUUGAACUGUUUAUGAUUAUUCUCUCUUGCGAUUGUUGAGGGAGACAAAUGUUUACAU